AUGUCGACGCAGCAGAUGCUGGAUGUCCUGCGCGGGGCUGUGCGUGAGCUGAGCUCCCAGCCCGGCACCCCCACCGCCGCCGCCGCCGCCGCCAGCCAGCCGCCCGACGCAGCAGCGGCGGCGCCCUCCACCGCCCACCUGCUCCUCCAAAUCUCUGCUCUGCACAAGGCCUUCCUGUCCCUGUCGGAGGCUUUCAUGGAGGAGUUGAAUGGGCGACAGGCAGAGCAGGAGGAGCAGCGGCAGUCGGUGCAGUCGGUGCGGCGCGAGUGUGCCGGCAAGCUGCAGAUUGCUGCAGCGCUGCACGCAGAUGUGCAGCGGCUGGCGGCGGCAGAGGGCCACCAGGCGCGCAGCCAGGCGGUGGUCGCGUUGAGGCAGCAGCUGGAGGACCGCGAAGCAGACCUGGAGCAGCAAGUUGAGCGCGCGGUGGCCCGCCAGCUGGGGGCAGCGGAGCAGCGCUGGCAGCAGCAGCUGAUGCCCGCGGCGGCGGAGCGCGGCGUGCAGCGCUGGGUGGCCGAUGCGCUGCCGCAGCUGUUGCAGCCGAUGCAAGAUGCUGUGGCCGCUACCGCUGAGCUGGCGGCUGGCAUUGCAGCUGAUGUGGUGGAGGUGGCGCGGGAGGUGGAGCAGCUGGCGGCGGCGCACCGCAAUCACGAGCAGCGGCUGUGCCGCUAUGAGGAGGGCGCCAUGCAGGCAUCCGACGCUGCCGCCGAUGCCUCCGCCAGCGCUGCCGCGGUGGAGCAGCUGCGGCAGCAGGUGCGCUCGCUCCAGAUGGGCCACGCCCAGCUGGACGAAGGGCUGCAGCAGUUGCGGCAGGAGCAGGCGGCAGAGGCUGCGCAUGGCGACUGGCAGUAUCGGCAGCAGUCUGAAGCGGCGAUGCCUCAGCUGCCGGCCGUGCAGCAGCGUCUGGCGGCGGUUGUGGACCAGCAAGCUGCUCAGGCCAAGACCACAGAGCACCUCGUCAGUUCGGUGACGACAGACGUCAUGGCGCUUGCCCGGCACACAAAAGCGCUGGACCGGGAGAUGCGCCACCUGAGGAAGGAGGUGCAGCAGGCGCAGCAGGCGCUGCUGCAGAGCUGCUCCGUGUUCAGCCGUGCCCUCGCCAUCCCCUCCCCCGUUGGCCCCUUCACCUCGCUGCCUCCCCAGCUCGCCUCGUCAACACCAAGCCUGCCUACUACAUGGCUACGCAGCACAUGCGAUGCUGCUCAUCCGAAUGUGGAGGUGGGCAGGCUCCAGCCAGCAUCACCACUGUCGGGUCACACGGUCAGCUGCAGGGCCACACCCGGGCCACUUCUGGGCCUCAAGACCCACACCCAGACUGGCUCCCCAAGCAAGAUUGUCGAUGCCGACACGAUCAAGCCGGUCAAGCCCGCUCUCUCGCCGCCGCCCGGGCUGCCGCCGCCAACCAAGCAGAAGCAGAUGCAGGGGGGUGCUGCGGCAGUGCAGCCGCAGGCCGGCAAGAAGCAGGGCGUAGCGGCAGUCCCCGCGCCACCCUCCAAAAGGCAGCAGCAGCAGCAGCAGCGUGCGGUGGCUGCCGCCAUGCGGGCGGCGGCGCCGCCCGGCUAUGCCGCGGCCUCUGCCAACGGCGCCCCCUCCCGCGGCAGCGGCGCCAGGGUUGCCUCGGGCGGCGGCAAGCUCAGGUUCCCCCCAGGCCAGAAGCCCUUAGAAUUGCAGCUGUGCCCUGAUUACGAGGACUAUGGCGAGUGUUACAUACACAAGUGCCCUCGCUGCCACGGAGAGGAGGAGCUGCUGCAGCGGGAGCAGGAGUGGGCAGCUCGGCAGGAAGCCAAGAAGCGAGAGAAGCGGCAGGAGGAGCUGCAGCGUCACGAGCGGCACCAGGCGGAGCGCGCGGAGCAGGCGCAAUGGGUGGAGCAGGUGGCGGCGCGUGAGCUCGAGGUGCUGGAGCACGAGGAGCAGUACCUGCAGAUGAGCGAAGCUGCCCUGAAGCUGAUGAAGGACCACAAGCGCGCGCUGUGCGUCGCCGCUCUGAGGGACAUGGGGUUUGGCGAGGGCGCCGCCGCAGCCGCCGCCGACGCGGCCGCCGCCGACGUCAGCGCCGCCGCCGCGGCGCUGAUGGAGGGGGGGCUGUGCGCGGGCGUGAAGCCCGUCAGCGUGACGGGUGAGGCGCAAGAGCUGUUGGCCUAUGCCGCCUCCCUGGGCUUGGGCCUGCCCGAGGUGGAGAUGGCGCUGCUGAUGGGCGGCGGCGACUGGGACGCCGCCCGCCUGGCGCUGCACCAGCAGGCCGAGCAGGCGGCCGCCGCCGCCAGCGCCGCCGAGGCCGAGGCGGCGGCCGAGGCGGCGGCGGCGGCCGCGGCGCGCGAGGAAGCGGAGCUGGCGGCGGCGAUGCAGGCCAGCGCCAGCGGCGCCGCCAUGGCCUACCGCAUCGCCCAGCAGGCGGCGGCAGCUGCCGCGGAUGCCAGGGAGGAGGCGGAGCUGGCGGCGGCGCUGGAAGCCAGCAAGGCAGAGGCGCAGCGCCAGCAGGCGGCCUUCUCGCUGCCCUGGGCAGCGGCGCAGCUGCCCGCCGCCCAGCAUGCCGCGGCGGCGGCGGCUGCGGAGGCCUUCUCGACCGGAUGGCCCGCCAGUCAAGCUUUGCAGCAGCAGCCGCAGCCGCCGCCGCAGCAGCAGCAGGAGUUCUUCAAGCCCGCAGGCCCCUCCAGUUUGCUGUGGUACGAUGCCUCUGCCAAGCAGCAGAUGCCGGAGUACCGCGGCGGAUGGGACGUGGGCCCCGCCGCCGUGGCAGCAGCCAGCGGGCGCAGCAGCGCGGCGUCCCCCGCCCCCCUCGCCGCCGCCGCCGCCGCCGGUGGCGCGGCACCCUUGGCAGACCCUUGGCAGCAGCCGGUGAAGCAGCACGCUGCACAGCUGGCCCUUGGCAGCGGCGCGCCCGCCCUGCAGCGCCUGGAUAGCGCCAGCAGCAUCGGCGGCGCGGCGGCCGCGGCCGACGGAUGGAACGCCGGCUUCGCCGCGGGCCGCCCUGCCGUCGCCGGCGCAGUGGCGGCAGCACCUGCGGGCCCCGGCCGCUACCAGCAGCGGCCUGCAGCUGACCUGGCGGCGGCAGUGGCUGCCGCGCAGCCGGCGGCGGCGGUAGUGCAGGCCAGCUGGGGAGCAAGGAGGCCCGCGGCGGCGCCCCCUGUGCCGCCGCCGCCGCCGCAGCCACCGGAGCCUGAGGUGGCUGAGCUGAUGGCACUGAUGGGCAUUGCCGGGUAG